ACUACACCCAGGCGCUGCAUGAUUACAUGGGCUUUCUUUCCUGCCCGAGCCAAGACGUGUGUCAACGUCGAAGUGGGGGUAGCUAGAAUUGGAGACACUAAAUUGACCCGUUAGCAGUGCAACAUUGGCUGUAAAGGUCUUAUCCUAGAAACUACAUUUCUGAGUGCAUAGGGAGCUGUAUAUUUUAACUUUCAAAAAUGUCUUGGCAAAGCUACGUGGAUAACCUGAUGGCCGACGGCAGCUGUCAGGAUUCCGCCAUUGUUGGGUAUACGGACGCCAAAUACGUUUGGGCAGCACAUGCCGGUGGUACUUUUAACAACAUAACGCCUCAAGAAAUUGAUGUCCUCAUUGGAAAGGACAGGACUAACUUCUUCACCAACGGCAUGGCCUUGGGUUCAAAGAAGUGCUCGGUCAUCAGAGACAGCCUCCAUAGUGAAGGGGACUGGACAAUGGACAUCAGGACAAAGAGUCAAGGAGGAGAGCCAACAUACAACAUUACUGUAGGCAAAGCCGGCAAAGCAUUGGUUUUAGUCAUGGGAAAGGAAGGGGUCCAUGGCGGACAGCUCAACAAGAAAGCAUUUACCAUGGCUGAGUACCUGAGGAAGUCUGGAUAUUGAAGCAGCCUCUACCCAUCCAUCUUACUCACCUCCAUUGUGUUGACAGUACUUUGAGGAUUAGUUAGCAGACACAUUGUUACUCUUCCCCCAGUUCUAUUUUUCUGUACACCCUUUAUUAGUUUUAUUUUUUAUGUUAAUUCAUGUUUUUUUCUCCCAUCUCCUCCCCAUACUUUUCUCAGAGCGUUAACACUAUGUACUGUUUCUGACACUAGAGUAAGAAGAGCGUGUUCAUCAGAAAUGGUUAAUCUAUAUUUACCAAAAUAAAUGAGAAUUGUAAUUAAAUUGUAUACCAAAUUUGGACUUGGCUUGUAUAAACAAAUACGUAGCAAUAUGAAAAUGACAAGAGGAAGCACACCUUAAAUGGCUGCGUCAUUCGAUGGUGCAGAUAGUUUUGCAUAUGACGAUGCAUUUUGAAGAGAUGACCGUCUGGUGUAGUCUUCCUUUCCUCAGCAUGUCAGGGUUUGAAAGUUGCAUGCAUAUCUUUUAGUAUACAGAACUUCUCUUUCCUUGCCCUUCCCAAACCUUUUAUAUUCCAUCCAGAAAUGUUAUUUUCAUUCAGACCUCUGUUUCUUGCUUUGUCAUUUGAUACAUGCAUCAUUAAGGUAAAUAUUUUCUCCAGCAAAAUCCUCUAUACAUACACUUCUUGAAACCCCUCCAGCUGAGUCAUCCCACCUUUUUAUUUUUUAGGUUGCAUUAUCUUCCACCAAAUGCUUUUGCUGUUGUAUCUUCAAUGUGGUGUUGGAAUAUUGUUUGAGUUUAAUGGCAGAUAAGAUCAGCAUUGCUGAGGUUUUUUUUUUAUUCCUCCCAUGAACCUUCAAUACGUCUUGAAGUCCCCAUGGACAUUCCAUCUUUGCAAUAGCUCAGACACAUAUCUAUGAUCUACCAGCUCCUGCAAUUUUUCACGCUGCUGACAUUGCGCAGUGUAUCGUCCCUACAAACCAUGUUUUGGCAAGUUCUUUUUCAUAGGACCAAAUAGGGUGUUAGGGUGAUUUUCAGAAUAGCUUCAAACCAUUGUGAAAGAUGAUUGUUGGCCUCAUUUGUUUGACUAAGUCAGUAGACACUACUUCAGAUGGCUGUAAAACACAUACUGCUUCUUUAGAUUACUUUGAAACGAAUUGAUUUACUGCUAGUUUGUCGUUAACAGAUGAAAUCGCAGUCUCAUUUGACAACUGGUAACAAGAGUAUUCUAAGUGAAUGACUAAACCCAAGCUCUGCUGUCAACAAACUCUUUGAAUGAAUUGCCUUGUGCUCUACUCAUCAAAGAUGUAUCAGCAACUGUCAGUGCAGUACCUAACAGUAUAUUAAAAACAAUUGAAAGUGUUUACACUAAAUUGAUGGAAAAUGGUGUUGGUUGGAAUAAAAACACUAAUGAGUUGUCUUGUGAAAACUUUCUAAGAAAACGAUCCUGUGCCAUAACAUAGAUCUGAUCUGUUGCUGCUGCUGAGGUUAGAUUUCUGACUUCUGCCCCAGCAGGGACCAUGGCACUUUUCCUUCGGUAAAGGCUUUGUGGAAUAUGUACAGAACUAAAAAUAAUUACUCACUGAUUUGUGCUUUUCUUUCCCUUAUGCAUUUGGAUUCAGUCAAAAAAAUGUAAUAUGCAUUUUCAAAAAUGUUUUGGGGAAAAUGCCAUAAAUUGAUAAAUCACCUUGUUUACAGACAGAUCAAAUAAAAGUUAUUCCAACCAGAA